CCAUAGGCGCCCUCCAAGCAAAUCUUCCCUGACCAAAAAAAUAAAAGUUGUGGCACUUCGUCACAUCCGUGAUAUGGAAUUCAGGAAGUCAUCCGUCCGAAAAUAAUAAAUAAGGCAAACAAGUUUUGGAGAGAGUAGUAAACUUGUGAAAGCGUCUGAAUGUGAAAGCCGAGGUUGUUUGUUAUGUUUCUUCAGCGUCGUCGUCUGAACAUCACGAUCACCAUGAUUACCUCACUGGAGGUCUCAUGAUGGCCAAGCUGAAAACUAAGGAGCAAACUUUGAACAAGGAGCAGGAAUUUUUCCGAGGUUUGACUUUCCCUGAAUAAUAUUUGCCAUGGCUUACCAUAACGGUUCGAUCCCCCUUAGAGCAUUAUUUAUCAUGCUCUGUUUUGGAAUGGCAAAAUCUCUCUAUACCAUUCCACUUAAAAUAUUUACAGGUAAGUUUAACUCUUCUUUGGAUUUGGAUUUAACUCCUCUGAAACUAAUACAAGCCUCAGGAAAUGGACUGUCCCUGGCAUCUGAUCCAGCUGGAAUAGUGAACUUUUUGGACAUGGUCAAUAACUUACAAGGCGAUUCUGGCAGAGGUUACUACAUGGAGAUGACACUGGGUACCCCUGGUCAAAAGCUGAAUAUCCUGGUUGAUACGGGAAGCAGUAACUUUGCAGUGGCUGCAGCAGCACAUCCCUUCAUCACACACUUCUUCAACACAGCACUCUCCAGUACGUACAAGUCCACUGGCAGGGGCGUGGCCGUCAAGUACACCCAGGGCAACUGGGAGGGCGAGCUGGGCACCGACCGCGUCCUCAUACCCAGCAUCGCUGGCACCCUCACCAUCAAUAUCGCCACCAUCCUCUCCUCUGACGGAUUCUUCCUCCCGGGGGUCAACUGGCAGGGAAUCCUGGGUCUGGCCUACCCCCUGCUGGCUCGGCCUGACUCCUCGGUGGAGCCUUUCUUUAACUCCAUGGUACGACAGACAGGCAUCCCAGAUGUGUUCUCCCUCCAGAUGUGUGGAGCUGGGUUGUCAGCCAGCACCACUGCCGACCCCACAGGGGGAAGUCUUGUCAUGGGAGGGGUUGAACCAACAUUGUAUUCGGGGUCCAUGUGGUACACCCCAAUAAAGGAAGAGUGGUACUAUCAGGUGGAAGUAUUGAAGAUGGAGGUUGGGGACCAGAAUCUAAACCUGGACUGCAAAGAGUACAACAAGGAUAAAGCCAUAGUGGACAGUGGAACCACUCUUCUGCGGUUGCCUGUGAAUGUGUUCAGUGCUGUGGUUGAGGCCAUCUCAAGAACAUCUCUGAUCCAGGACUUCACCUCAGGGUUCUGGGGUGGCACUAAACUGGCCUGCUGGUUGAAGGGUGAGACACCGUGGAGGUUCUUCCCCAAACUGUCCAUCUACCUGAGAGCCACCAACACCAGCCAGUCCUUCAAAAUCUCCAUCCUCCCUCAGCUGUAUAUCCAGCCAAUCACAGAUGUGGACGGUACGCUGGACUGCUUCCGCUUCGGCAUCUCGUCGUCAGCCAACGGCCUGGUGAUAGGAGCAACMGUCAUGGAGGGCUUCUAUGUCAUCUUCGACCGGGCAGAGAAGAGAGUGGGCUUCGCUGUCAGCAGAUGUGCAGUGAACGGUGGGAUAGCCGUGUCAGAGACCUCUGGGCCCUUCUCAUCUGCAGACGUGGCAUCUAACUGUGCUGCUGGAGGGCUGCUGAAGGAGCCCCUUCUCUGGGUCAUCUCCUACGCCCUGGUGGCCGUCUGUGUCGUGGUGCUCCUCAUCCUGCUCCUCCUCCUCGUCCUGCCCUGUCGUCACCGAGACCGGUCCGGCGAGAUCACUGAUGAGUCCUCGCUGGUCCGCCACCGCAUCAAAUGACUGAGGCGGGCCUCGGGUGGGACGACGACGGCCACCAGGAGUUCCAAUUCUACUGAGGCAGGGAGAGGGGAGGGGUUGGGGCUGCAGUGACCAAUAGGACUGUUCUCUGGACACAUCAUGGAGACUGCAGUUUGACCAGAGAAUGCUCUUCUUAGUUUAGAUGUUACCCGUUUUCUUUGCACUCCAGUUUCACAGCAACCUCUGAUUUAAUUUAGACACAUUAUUAGACUGAAGGUUGGGUAGCAGAAAGGAAUGCUAUCUCUAUGCCAGCCUAGUCCCUCCUUGCACAUAUUUCCUGCUGAUUCCCCACUGCCUACAACAUGGUAGUGAAGUGCACUGCCCUCACCUGAGACAAGGUCCUAAGAACUCUUAAACAGCAAUGUUUCUUUUUACUUCUCAGAAGCCUCAACUCAAAAUAGCAUAUUGUAAAUUACUCAAGCUUGUUGAAGGUUCCCCAUAGGUAUCAUUACCAUUCUUUCAUUACAAUUUUCUUCUUUGCUGUGUGAUGAAAGGAGGAAUGUUUUGUAGGAAAUGUCCUUUGUCAAGCUGUUUUAUUAAGAGUUGGAGUUGACUAAAUGUUUUCAUUCAAAGUACAACCAGGAGGUCACAGACAAUAGAAGAUGAUACACAUAGGUUGAUAUACGUCCCUUGUCGUUUACAAUGCUAUCAAGUCACAGGCAUCUCAUAUGGGAACUAGCAUGGGUUUGCGACAUUCUGUUUAACUGCAAAAAGUGAUCAAAAGUGUCAAAUUAUGAAUAUCACUAUCUGUAUGAGUGAGAAUGAAGCAAUCCGUGAUAAUAGGAUUUUGUAAUGACAUUGUGUACUUAAAUAUCAAAUAUGUAUAUUAAGUCAAAAUGAAUGAUUGUAUAAUAUUUCAAAACCUCACCAUUAGUAGACAUACAGAAACCUGAUUUGUAAUGCCACAUUUAUAUUGGAGUAUUUCUAUGGUAAAUAACAUUUUCUACAUUUUACAUUACCCAUGAUUUCAAUAGGGGCCAAAAAAAAGUAUUGUACUGUAUUUUCAAAAAGUUAAAUAAUUUUUUGCAAAGGUGUUUGAUACAAAAUCAGGUGCAGAUUUAAAUUAAACUGUUUAUGAUUGUUUAAAUGUAUCAGUGCCAAAAUUGUGAUUGUAUAUAAUUCAAUUGAUCAGAUUAAAGUAAAGGCUCUCCUUCCAGCGUGAUAAAACGCCCGGCCUCUAUUCCAACCUGGAUAAAAACAAUUCACUAUUCACUUGAAUAUUAUGAAUAAAGAGUUACACAAGUAGAGAG